CGUCGCAGCGAGAACCUGCGGGACAAGUUCGUGGAGAUCCCCUGCUCCGAGGACUACGACAGCCACAAAAGAUUCGAAGGGUGCACUCCUAGAAAGUGCGGAAGAGGUGUGACCGAUGCAGUAAUCUCAAGGGAAGAAGCUGAAAGAAUCCGUAGAGUAGCAGAGAGGGGACUGUCCUUGGGAGGAUCUGAUGGAGGGGCAUCAAUUCUGGACUUGCACUCUGGAGCUCUUUCACUGGGGAAGCAUUUUGUUAAUCUGUACAGGUACUAUGGGGACAAAAUUCAAGACAUCUUCACAGAAGAGGAUUUUGCAUUAUAUCGUGAUGUGAGACAGAGAAUUCAACAAAGGAUUGCGCAGGCCUUUGGUAUCAACUCUGCUUCCAUGUACCUGACUAAGCCAACAUUCUUCUCGAGGAUAAACAACACGGAAGCCAAGACAACACACGAUGAAUACUGGCACCCCCACGUUGACAAGGUAACUUAUGGCUCGUUUGACUAUACCUCGCUGCUCUAUCUCUCUGACUACACUGAAGACUUUGGUGGUGGACGGUUUGUGUUUAUGGAUGCGGGUUCCAACAAGACGAUAGAGCCCCGAGCAGGCCGGGUUUCCUUUUUCACCUCUGGAUCGGAGAACCUUCACCGUGUGGAAAAGGUUCGCUGGGGCACUCGCUAUGCCAUCACCAUCUCCUUCACUUGCAACCCAGACCAUGCCAUUGGGGAUCCAGUCUUGGUGUAA